AUAACCGCUUGGACUGUUAGGAAUACAAAAGUAAAUAAAAAUGGGAACCAAUCUGCUUGAGAAGGAUGGUGUAACUUAAAUUUCUUUCGAGAUUAUUUCCAUCAACUAAGCAGACUCAUAAUUUAAGCUGCACUUCAUAGAAUAUGCAAUUCUUAGAAGAUAUAGCUCAUCAGCAGACCUGGCUUUCAUGUCAUGUUGACCAAGGAGAAAGGAAAACUUAGUUCAUUGGAUUUUGAAGCAUGAAUAUUAUUCCCUCGUGUUUUUUUCUUCUUAAAAUCAUGAUGAGAUGUAAAUACUGUAAGGUUGUACUUAAUCAGCAGACCUGGCUUUCAUAUUAUUCCCUCGUGUUUUUUCUUCUUCUUUUUAAUGUAAAUGUUGUAAGGUUGUACUUCAUCAACAGACCUGGCUUUCAUAUUAUUCCCUCGUGGUUUUUUCUUCUUAAUGUAAAUACUUUAAGGUUGUUGGGAUACUACAUGUAAAUACAAUGUACAUUGAUGAAAGAAAACAUUAUUGCAGCUAUCUGUUGACGAAAGCUUCAUGACAACCAUGGAUUCUCUGACCAAUGGCAAACUACGUCCCGUUGUGGGGGUAUCCAUUGUUUACCCAUUCUACAAGAGAGGGGAAAGCGUGACAGAAAAAGCACUAACGGACAAAUCGGUUUGGCAGGCGGUACGAGAUGGCAGUGCCGAAGAACUGGAUUGGCUAUUGACAGAACGCCCGGAACUGAAGGGAGAAAGGGAUUUCCAUGGAAACACACUCCUCCUCAUAGCUGCCAAGUACAACCUCAUUCAGUCAGCACGCGUGUUGAUAUCACAUGACGUCAAUCUCAAUGAGAAAAAUAGGAAUGAUGGAAUAUCUCCUCUUCACGAAGCUUCCAAGUACAACUCUGUGGAUGUCGGUCAUCUGCUGAUAGAAUCAGGAUGUGACGUCAUGAUACGUGACAACCAGGAAAAGACACCAUUACAUCACGCUGCGAGAAGAGGUCGAGUUCAGAUGGUGGAGCUUUUGUUGAAUGCUGGGAACUCUUACAUCAAUGCUACAGACGAAGAUAAAUUGACCUCUCUUCACGAAUCCAUCCUCCAGAAGCACGAGGACACAGCUACACUGUUGAUAAAGAAUGGGGCUGAUGUCAUGAAAACAGAGAUAAACGGAACUACACCUUACAUGUUCGCAUCUGCUGUGGAACUAAUAGACGUUAUGAACAUGAUUUGGAAAACAGUGUACCUACAAUAUGGAGGACCCCGCAGUCUGGUGAUGGUUAACCAGAAGGACAUGUGGGGAAACACCGCUCUACACAUGGCGGUGGACAACCAGUGUCUAAAGUCUCUUCAAGAAAUCAUCAUGCACGGUGGCGAGCUAGACACUCCAAAUGAAUCGGGACAUACACCUCUUCACAGGGCGGCGAUCUGUGUCGACCUUGAGAUAACAGAGAUAUUGUUGUGCAAUGGAGCAACCGUUGAUACCCGGGACAAGGAUUCCUUUACUCCCUUACAAAGAGCUUGUUUAUACAACCGCCAUGAAGUGAUCUGUGCAAUUAUGAAGAAAGGCGGCGAUUUAAAUAAGAAAACAAAGGAAAUGAUGACACCUCUAAUCCUAGCCUGUUGGAAAGGUCAUCUAGAAACGGUGGAAUUUCUGUUGACUAAUGGAGCUCAAAUCGCAGCCGUGGACAAUCUCAUGAAAAACGCGCUUCACUGGACCGUGCAAAACGGUCACUUACAAGUUCUUUUGUACCUCCUGAAGAAAUGCGACAGCGUUAUUUUGGAGACCCUGGAUUUUGCGGAGCAGACGAUCACGCAUUAUGCAGCAAAACUUGGAAACAUAGCGAUUUUACAAGCCCUGAUACAGCAUGGCUGCAAGUUGGAUAUUCGUGACAUGGACGGAAGGACUCCUAUUCACAUAGCAGCUGAACACGACAACGAGGCUGCAGUAGAGGUUCUGUAUCACUCGAGCAACUCGGAACUGAACGAUGGCGAUUCAGACGGACAGACGCCGCUAUCGCUGGCCGUCAGAGAAGGGCAAUAUAAUACGGUCAAACUGCUUUUGUCUCUAGGCGCUGACAUCACACACAGAGAUGAAAACCUCUGUACAGCAUUGACUGUUGCAGCCAAGGAAGGUCACGUGAUGAUCAUAAAAAUUCUGUUAGUGCACUACGCCGACAUUAACGCCACUGAUAAAAAUAAGAAUACACCACUGCAUUAUGCGUCUAGUAAGGGUCACGUGGAUUGUGUUCAGUUCCUAUUGGACAGAAAAGCUGACGCAAUAGCUAGAAAUAGCCGUGGACAAUCUCCACUGGAUUUAGCCAUAAAAAAUAGACAUUCAGACGUAGCUGUAACAUUUAUGCAAUCAAAAGGAUGGACGGAGAUUAUUGGUUCUCGAGAUGCUAAUGGUAAAAAUCCCGUAGAUUCUAUGAUUCGAAAGUGUCCCGAGGCAUUUUUGCUAGUCAUGAAAAAUUCCAUGCAGACACAGGGGAAUAUUCCAGACAGUGUGGACUUCACCCAGAAAUUCGACUUCCGUUUUAUCGACCCUGGUCCGGAAGACCUCAUGUCAAGGAAUCGAAGAUAUUUUGCAUAUGAGACCAUGGUGAAGUACAACAGGGAGGAGUUACUAACACAUCCACUAGUUCAGCAAUGUUUACUGCUUAAGUGGAAAACAUUUGGUCGGCCUGUGUACUACAUGGACGUCAUCCUAUUUGUACUAUACCUCGGGAUCAUCAAUAUUUACGGCAUCUUCAUGCCAAAAAUCUCCACAAAUCUCCUAGACAGUGUCCGUCGGUGUCCAAUUACUCUGAACUCUACCAUGCUGCAAAAUCAGACGGUGGUGGACGAUUAUGUUCAGAAUGGGCAGAUUUCGAACAUCAAAAUAGAAAGCACUGAUUUUACAGUCCUUAUAACUUCUUUGUUUGUUGUGGUGGUUUUGUUUUACAUCAGAGAACUCAUCAGUCUUUAUGCAAAGAGGUGGCGGUACUUCCUGUUUCCUUUUAACUACGUUGCCUUGGUGAUGUUAGUGGGAACCUCUCUGGCCUUGAACCCUUUCAACUACAUCCCGUGUGAGCACCAGUGGAGGGCUGCGUGGAUCGCUACAUUAUCAGCCUGGAUCUGUCUCAUCUCUAUUCUCAGGGGACUGGACGUGGUCGGAAUAUACUUUGUCAUGUUGGAGCAAGUGUUCAUUUCUUUAUUCAAGAUAUCUCUGGUACUGGUCGUUUUUGUAAUCGCUUUUUCCCAAGCAUUUUAUAUCACCAUGUCACAAACUGCGGGAUUUCAGCCAGGCGAGUUCUUCCCGCUGACUGUGCUUUCUAUGACAAUCGGAGAGAUAAACUUCAUAGACAACUUUAUGAGUGGUAGCAAUGCAGCGUUCUACUACGACAAUCUCAUCUUGUUUUUUCUCUUCGCUCUGAUCAUGCCGAUUUCUCUCAUGAACUUGCUGAUCGGGGUUGCUGUUGGUGACACGGAAGCUGUUAAAAAGAAGGCCUAUAUGACCAGAUUGUCCAUCCAGAUAGACUUCUUGAGCAACACAGAGACAACCUUCCCCAGAUCUCUUCAGAAAAGAUUUUAUAAACGAAGCCACACCGUUAUGCCAAACAAGAACAUGCAUUCAAAAUUUAAUAGGUUCUGUAAAUAUUUGUUUGGUGAACGUCCAAAGAAUCAAGCGUUUAUCAGCAAAGAAAGGCCAGACUACGUAACAGAAAAUGUGAAAAAGUUACAGGAGGAAAUCCGAAGGACCAAAACACAACUUGCACAGGCGACAUCACUUCAGAAACAGUCUCUGGAGUUAUUGAAGCAGAUGUGUGAGCAGUUACAUGUCCGUUAUACCCUGGAUAAUGUCUCUCUGGCAGAGUCUCACAGGACGGAAAUCCACAGCAGGAUUGAAUAAAGAAUAAAUGUUGUCUAUUGAUAGCUACCGAUGGCGAAUGGCAAUCUAGUGACAAUAUAUGAACAGUUCCUGGUCUCCAGGUAGCUUCUAACAUUGUAUUAACAAUGUUCAACCAUUAUUACUUCAUAUCUAUUUUUAUCUAGUGUCAAGUGCUGGUGUGAUUUUACUCAUUGAUCGUGAUUUAUAAUGUUAAAGCAUGUUGUUAGAAUCAGUGUUGUAUGGUUGUAACUUUCGCAUUGUCAAAGUUGUUUAACGCAUACAAACAUAUUUACGGCCAUAAAAUGUUCAUGGAUAGUGCUCCUCAUAUCAUUUUAUUUCAUAUUUGGCGUUUGUUUCUGAAUAUACUUUGUUACUCAUGUUCUUUACGCAUGCGUGCGAUAAAAGGGUCAGAUGUCAUUCUUUUGCCUUAAUGUAUACGGGAAAAUUCUACCAUCUCCUUCUCCUCCACUAUCUUCGACACUCUUAAGAAUGUGGCAUGGCGGGAAUUGCCCCAUUUUUGACACGCGUAAGAAUGUGGCAUUUAAGAAUUUCUCUAUAUGACAUUAUAAAUUUUUUUUUUUUUUUAGAUGUUUCAUUUUCUGAUUACUGUAUCGGUUUUGACUUGUAAAUCUUCUAACGUUAUCUACGGUAUCGAGUGUAACCUAUGUGGGAGAAACUAAGGGUUCACUUCAUAAAAGAAUAUCGAGGCACCGAUUUCAAAUAGAUGAUCACGGUAACCAACUUCUUUACAAGUAUUUCAAUUCUCCGGACCACUUCAUGUCGUGCAUGAAGGUCAGGAUUUUGGAAAAAAUUCACCAUCACACAAAUAGUUCAACAUUUAGCACCCUUUUUCGUAGACAACGAGAAGAUCACUGGAUCAGGACUCUGGGUACUGCAUUUCCAUAUGGAUGCAACGAUAAUGUAUAUGAUGUGGGAAAUUUGACUAGUCCACAAGGAAAUAAUGUGAAUGUGGUGGGGCUCUUCUCAAUAUUUCAAGACGGAAACGCAGUCAUGGACAUCGUUCAUAUAAAAGACCAAGUAUCAGACAUGGGGUCAAUUACAUUCAAAGUAAUCGAUUAUAAUUACAGAUUACAUUGAAAUUUAUGAUUACAAUUACAGUUACAAUUACAUCUAUUUUGAAAUGUAAUUGAUUAUAAUUACAAUUACUUAGAAAAGUAAUCAAUUACAAUUACAGAUUACUUUUAGAUACUUUUGCUGAGCAAAGCUUUAUCUUUACUACCGCAAGGGUCCUACAAUUGAAAACAUAACAACUGUAAACAUUUUUUAUCAUAACUUUAUCUUAAAGUUAUCUUAUUUAGCUGUUAUUUGUCUCAUAAUUAAAACCCACAUAUUAUAAAUAUUCCAGGUGACAUGUCACACUCUAGGGAACUUAAAUAAUAGCACCCAGUUUUCAGUGCACAAGUCGUUUGUUUAGUAUCUGUCAAUUAGUAGAAAUUCACCUGUAGAGAUCAAGUGUAUCUAAACUGAAUUCCAAGAAAGACAACCAUGAGGUUUCUGUUUCUUUUUCAUUAAUGUAAAUAAAAGGUGUAUAAAACCUUCA